AUCGCCAGAAUCAAUCCAAAAGCAAUCCAUACACACUCAUCAGUACACACAUCUUCACGGCCUCUCCACAUUUACCGCUUCUACCAGUCCCUUCGUAAAUCCAGCGAGGAAACUCUCCAUCCUUCACCCCAUCCCUCACCGAAAACAUCACAAAUAUGUCGUCCCACGGUAAUAACAACGAGAGCUCCAACAUCCGCGAUCGACGGGGAUCAUUCAACCCAGGGUCCAGCCUUUCCGACUUCCUGUCAUCCAACCGUCAACCACAGCCUCCCUCUGCCUAUCCAGGACCCAUUACCACUGCUGCCGCACACGCCAAUACCCAGCGACGGAUGAGCAUGUCGAGCGUCAACGGCUCACCCCCCCAAGGGCCCGGCAACUUCUCCUUGAGACGCGGGUCCGUUUCCUCGAUUUCAUCCAUAUCCUCGGCGCAGGACGAGAGUGCCAUUGAUGAUACCGAACUGGCUUCCGGUAGCCCCAGCAGCCCGUUUGCCCGGCGGAUGAGCUGGGGCGCUAGAGCUCUGCGAGAUGUGCGGCUUCCCGGAUCUUCCAGAGUCCCCCCGAGUCCCAGUGCUUCCUCACCUACUGUCUCUCGAGGUUUCUGGCUUGACAACAAAGCCAGCGGUUACCCAAUCGAUCCCGCCUUCCAGCAAAGGCGACAGAGCAUGCCGGGACCUCCAGCACACGCCAUGCCCGCGCCCAAGGAGACCGCCCCGGAUCCUCUUCAGGAGCGGCUGCUCCGAAACGAGUUCUACAUGGACUAAGCUUUCGCAGAUCAAGCUCAUUCCCCUUUCCGUCCGGAGUUCAUGGAAAUCUUUUUUACGUUGUGGCGUGGCUUUUUUUCUCCCUUGGGAAUUCUAUAACCAGGAUGUCCCGGCUGUUCAUUCGAUGUUAUUCGUUCAUCUCUAUGCCUUUACAACUUAUCAUCGCUCGUAUUAUUAUCGGCAUUAUUAUUCUUCUUUGAGGAUUUGUAUGAGUAGGGGUCU